AUGGCACUCCAACGCCUAAUUUUUAUGUUCUUCCUCCAUGUCCCAGGCUUAUAUUUCCGGCCCGUGCCGCUCAUCCUUAAAGGAAGCCCACUGAGACGCCUCUGCUGGGAAUUCGAGCAACAAGUUUCAAGCUUCCAAACUGAAGACAAUGCGCAUGGGACGAUGCUUUUCACAUUUGUACCCGUUGCCUGGACAUUGAGAUUGUCAGGCGGACCUCACCUCGGCGCCGGGUCCACCGGCUCUCCACCUCGCAUAGCAGGAAUCGACGUUCUUGUGACUGUGGAGCACGGUGGUAGGACAGCCGCACUCAUUGAUGUAGACUCAAGCAAAUUUCAACCACGAGUGAGCUGGCGGGAUGAUGGAGGGCUACUGGACGGCCUGUGGAUCACAGAGAUUUGUAUAUGGAAGCCAUGCUAUUGUUAA